GCCGGCAAGGGGGCAAAGAGGAAGCUCUAUCCAAGCCGGAGAGAAGAAUUGAAAUUAUAGACAUCCUGCCAAAAUGAUUUCUUCAAAGCCCAGACUUGUUGUACCCUAUGGCCUCAAGACUCUGCUUGAGGGAGUUAGCAGAGCCAUUCUCAAAACCAACCCAACCAACAUCACCCAGUUUGCAGCCGUGUACUUUAAAGAACUCAUUGUGUUUAGAGAAGGGAAUUCGUCUCUGGAUAUAAAAGAUCUGAUUAAACAGUUUCACCAGAUGAAAGUAGAGAGAUGGGCAGAAGGAGUGACGGUGGAGAAGAAAGAAGGUACCAAGGAACCCAUAAAAACAACUACAAUUUUCUGCGAACCUACGCGGAUGGAAAAAUCCACAGACACAGAGGAGGACAAUGUGGCCGGACCACUGUUUAGCAACAAAACCACUCAGUUUCCAUCAGUUCAUGCAGAACUACAGCCUGAGGAGACAUGUGAAGGAGCUUGGGGUCCUUCCGACAAACCAACUACUCCUAAGAUGGCCACCCCGCCCUCCUCACCACCUCCCGCGCCUGUCUCUGCAGAGUACGCCUACGUCCCGGCUGACCCAGCUCAGUUUGCUGCUCAGAUGUUAGGUAAUGUUCCGCCUACUUAUUCUGAAGUUUUAAUGGUGGACGUGGCAACAAGUACGCCUGCUGUUUCCCAGGACGUACUGAGUGCAGAGUUUGCUGAAGAAGUCGUGGUGUCUGCUCCUCUGGUGUGUUCUGGAGAGAAGGUACAAGUGCAGGUUGUGAGCCAAACAUCCGCGCAGGUAGUUGUGGGUCCUAAUUCUAAGGCUGAACCACCAAAGGCUUCCUCAGCCCCCUUGCAGGGUGAACAAGAACCUCCUGCUUAUGAUGGAGCUCCUGACACUCAGGUCACAUCAGCCUCUCGUAUAUCAUCCAUUUUUAACGAUGUGCCUGUCAAUGAAGGAGUUGUCUAUGUUGAGCAGAUACCGGGAUACCUAGUUAUCCCUUUUCCUGAUCAAGUUGCUUGUCCUAAAGAAAUUGAGCAGUCACCACCACGUAGUCCCAAACCUGUAGAACCCAAGACUAAAAUAUCUGUAGAGUCUCUGAAAAUUGUACAGGUGGAGAAUUCCCAACACAAGCCCUCAGUACACAUGGAGGCAGGAGCUACAGUUCUGCUCUCUAACACUGCUUUAGAGGGUCAGCCCGAGGAUGCAGAGGGCUUUCUCAAAGUAGCCUCUGAAACGGAGAUCGUUAUCAUAAACCCUGAUGAUCCUGGCCAGGAGUAGUCAGGGGGGAACCCUGCACGCCAUUCAUCUGGUGACCCCUUCCCUCCUGCGCCAGAAAUCCAACCAGAUGGGGAAGCUGCGCCCGAACAGGUUUGACGGAGCCAGGUAAGAAAAUUAGAAGCUUGCACUCGCGUACUGUUUCAGGUGACGUCUGCACCUCGUGUCCGUCCACCCAGCUCUGCUCCUGCCAGCUGACCAAAGUCCAUGCUCAGGGUCUUAAAUGCCAAACCUACCUAAAGGCUUUGUUCUACUUAAAAUUUUACUAUUAUGGAAAUCACAUAGCGUUGUCAAAACUCGAUUCAUUGUGCACAUUGUAAACAUGGGAAUCUAUUAGACUUUUAAUGCCUGUUUACAAAAUGGUUAUGGGAUGUCACUGUGAGGCUGUUCGUGGAGGAAAAGUUGACACUGAACACUGCGUUUACUUGGGCUGUGGCAUUUAAACAUGAAAGAAAUGGUGGUGUGGCUGACUGCUUUCGCACUGAGUCAGGAGAACUGUGCAAUCAGGCUUGGCUGCUGGCUCGAAUGCUGCUUCCUACUUUGGACCUUCCUGCAGCUGAGGGAGCAGCGCUGUAGUUGGAUGGAGAGAGGACGGAUCAGACACAGAGCUUCUGUGUCACAGGAAAGCAGCGGAAAUAAUGGCCGCCCCCGUGAAAACGACCGUGGCUGCAGUUCACACACUUGCUCCUUUAUUCAUUUACCUCAGACUCACUGAAGACAAGCUGUUUCUUUGGCUGCUUAACCUCCAGCUGAUUUUCCUCUUGACACAGGAGUUAUAAUUACCUUCUCCAUCUUAUUAUGGCAUUUGGCCUGCCUACCCCUCUGCCUAGCUGGACGCUGCAGUGGCCCUACCUUCUCUCCUUGGUGUCUGAAGGGACAUGCAUCAAAGAAGCCGCCCAUUCCUGUUGUAGAAGCUCUCCACUCUGACUCAAACUAGAAUAAAUGACGAAUACUACCAAA